AUGAUAUUUUCAACAAUCAGUCGUUCGUUAUCUCGGUCUUCGCGUUCAAGUAAUGUGAUAAAUAGAUUUAAUAGCGGAAAGGCCUUGUUAAGGAAUCAGGAAUUUUUUGGAACUCCGUGUGUAAAUAACUUUAAGAAAAUCGAUCAAUUUGAUGGAAAGUUAGGGUUUUUGAGGGGUUAUUCUGCUGCAAUAGGAGCCAAUAAAGGGUCAUUUUCUAAUAAUCAUUUACCAGAUUUGAAUUAUAUUGUUGCAAACGCCAGACUCCGUAGAUAUUUCUCGAGUGAAGCUCCAAAGAAGAAAAAUUAUGAAAACUUUUACCCCAAAGAGAAGAAGGAAAUUCCGAAACAAAAAGAACAGAAAUCUGAGUCCAAAGAGGAAGCAAAUUCAAAUGACCGUAGCAAUUUUUCGGAAACUUUUAUGAAGAAUUUGCAAAAUAUCAUUGCUCCAUUCCUGGUCAUUGGGUUUAUCUUGUCAGCAAUUUCAUCUACUCCCCAUGAAGAGAAACAGAUUAGUUUUCAAGAGUUCAAGAACAAGCUUCUCGAACCUGGUUUAGUAGAUCAUGUAGUGGUUUCUAAUAAAUCAGUUGCCAAAGUAUAUGUAAGAAGCUCACCACGGAACCAAAGUAGCCAUGAUGCCACUGAAGUCUCAGAGAUUGAAGGGCCAAUUAAUGGUACCACUUCCAGAGAGAACACAAGCCAGUAUAAGUAUUAUUUUAAUAUUGGAAGUGUUGAUUCUUUUGAAGAAAAAUUGGAGGAAGCCCAGGAAGCAUUGGGGAUAGAUCCCCAUGAUUAUGUUCCCGUUACCUAUGUUUCUGAAAUGGUCUGGUUCCAAGAAUUGAUGAGAUUUGCCCCUACAAUAUUGUUGUUGGGAUCACUUUUCUACAUGGGGCGGAGAAUGCAAGGUGGACUAGGUGUUGGAGGUCCUGGUGGAAAGGGUGGGCGUGGUAUAUUUAACAUUGGAAAAGCGCAUGUUACAAAGGUGGAUAAGAAUUCGAAAAACAAGGUUUAUUUCAAAGAUGUUGCUGGCUGUGAUGAAGCAAAGCAGGAAAUCAUGGAGUUCGUUCACUUCUUAAAGAAUCCUAAGAAAUAUGAGGAGCUUGGAGCAAAAAUUCCGAAAGGUGCUCUUUUAGUUGGCCCUCCAGGGACGGGUAAAACUCUUCUGGCAAAAGCAACGGCUGGUGAAUCUGGUGUUCCUUUUCUGUCUAUAUCUGGUUCCGAUUUCAUGGAGAUGUUUGUUGGUGUUGGGCCUUCAAGAGUUAGAAACUUGUUUCAGGAGGCUAGGCAGUGUUCACCUAGCAUUAUAUUCAUUGAUGAGAUUGACGCAAUUGGUCGAGCCAGGGGACGUGGGGGUUUGUCUGGUUCUAAUGAUGAGCGGGAAAGUACUCUUAACCAGUUGCUUGUAGAAAUGGAUGGAUUUGGAACCACAUCAGGAGUUGUUGUUCUUGCUGGCACAAAUAGACCUGAUAUUUUAGACAAAGCCUUGUUGAGACCUGGUCGAUUUGACCGUCAGAUAAGCAUAGAUAAACCCGAUAUCAAAGGGCGUGAUCAGAUAUUUCAGAUCUAUUUGAAGAAGAUCAAACUUGAUCAUGAACCUUCAUAUUAUUCUCAGAGACUUGCAGCCCUCACUCCUGGAUUUGCUGGGGCAGAUAUUGCAAAUGUUUGUAAUGAAGCUGCUUUAAUUGCUGCCAGGGUUGAGGAAACACAGGUGAAAAUGGAACACUUUGAUGCAGCUAUAGACAGGAUCAUUGGUGGUCUCGAGAAGAAAAACAAGGUAAUAAGCAAACUUGAACGCCGAACUGUAGCCUAUCAUGAAUCAGGUCAUGCUGUUGCUGGAUGGUUUCUAGAGCAUGCAGAACCCUUGUUGAAGGUGACGAUCGUUCCUCGUGGCACUGCAGCACUUGGCUUUGCACAAUAUGUACCUAAUGAGAACCUUCUCAUGACGAAGGAGCAGCUUUUGGAUAUGACAUGCAUGACCCUUGGUGGACGUGCUGCUGAACAGGUUUUAUUGGGGAAGAUUUCAACUGGAGCCCAGAAUGACUUGGAGAAAGUGACAAAAAUAACAUACGCUCAAGUUGCAGUGUACGGUUUCAGUGAGAAGGUAGGUCUGCUCUCUUAUCCUCAGAGGGAAGAUGGGCUUGAAAUGAGCAAACCUUACAGUAGCAAGACAGCUAAUCUUAUUGACACUGAAGUACGCGAAUGGGUUACCAAGGCAUAUAAACGCACAGUGGAAUUGAUAGAAGAACGCAAAGAGCAAGUGGCUCAGAUUGCUGAGUUGCUUCUGGAUAAGGAAACUCUCCACCAAGAUGAUUUGGUCCAAGUACUGGGUGAACGGCCUUUCAAAUCAAGUGAGAUGACGAAUUAUGAUAGAUAUAAGAAAGGAUUUGAAGAGGAAGUGGAUAAAAGUGCAGACAAUGUGGAGGAGACGACAACAGAGGAUGAUGGAUCUUCACCUCUUGUGCCCGAGCUGAGCUGUACAAUCGGAUACUGA